UAUCCAUAUGGCUAUCAGACCGCAAACCCUAGCCUUCCACUGGUUCAGGCAAGCUACACGCUUCAUAUUUGGGCCCAGGGUGGCCCUAGCGCAUUCCCCACGCCUGGUUAUCUGGAGCCAAACAGCGAGCUUGAGUUCGCUAUGUAUACGCCACAGGCAUACACACCUUUGAAUAGUGGGUGGCAAUGUGCCGGAUGCUCAGGAGCAUUACCCCAGCUCAAAAUAAACUCGGCUCUUCCCGGUGUUGUCGCAAUGAUUAUUAUAAUGCUGCUCUCUGGGUUCACUACCCUUCGCCGCGUUUUGGAUUGA